UCGCAUUUUUCUUGCCGAAGAGUGGGGAGAGACCGCCAUCGUUCUACAGCGUUGUUUUUUUCCUCUCUUUCUCUUGCGAGGGCUCCUCGCGCCGCGCCAGGAAGAACAGUGAUUCUGGAAUGCGGCGACCAGACGCCAGCGAUUCCGGAGGAAGAGGAGGAGGUGUUUGUCGCGGCGCGCCUUGAUUUCGAGCUAGUUUCUUUCCCUCCGAUCCGCGCGCGCUGCCGAUCGAUCCAGCCGAUUGGAUCGAUAUUUCGUAGGUCUGGUGCUUCCAUUCUCCUUACCGCUCCUCCCUUGCUUCCAGGGAGAGAUUGGGAUCGAUAUUUCGGUGCUUCCAAUCUUCUUGCUCCUGCCGGGAGAGGUUUGGAUCGAUAUUUCGGAGGACUUGUGCCAAAUCUUCCUCUUGGCCGAGGGAAGAUCGAGGUAGAUAGAUAGAUUGUCGCUGGAAUUGCGAGACCAUUUUUCCACGCGAUGAGCUGCAACGGAUGCCGGGUUCUUCGCAAGGGAUGCAGCGAUAGCUGCGCCUUGAGGCCGUGCUUGCAGUGGAUCGAGGGCGCCGAGGCGCAGGGCCACGCGACGGUGUUCGUCGCCAAGUUCUUCGGACGAGCGGGGCUCAUGGGCUUCAUCGCCGCCGUCCCAGAGAAUCAGAGACCAGCUCUCUUCCGGUCGCUCCUCUACGAGGCCUGUGGAAGAACAGUGAAUCCCGUCUAUGGCGCAGUGGGCCUUCUCUGGUCGGGCAACUGGCACGUCUGCCAAGCCGCCGUGGACACUGUUCUUCGCGGCGGAUCGCUCAAGCCCGCUGGAAGCUCUCCAUCGAAUCUCCCCUGCUAUGGCCCGAUGCCAAAUCUCCCCCGGCUCCACAUCAAAUCCGCCACGCCAUCGCCAUCGCCAUCGCCAUCACCACCGCAGCCCCCGGCCCCGGAUCACCACAAUGACGUGAAGCGUUUCAAAGCGCUCGACCACCACCACCACCACCAGAGCCAGAGUCUCGUCAAGGCCGGCGGCUGCGAUGUGGGACACGUCACCCUGGGCGGGCGAUCGGGGCCGUCGGAUCGCCCAUUGCUGGUAGCUGUGAAGAGGGAGAGAGAGGAAGCGGCCGAGCUUGUUGCCCCUGUGGCGAGGAGGCCACGCGUCUCCCGCCCGGGGCUCUGCCAACUGGAGCCCAUCUCCGCCGUCGAUGAGGAGCUCAUCGACCUAGAUCUGACGCUCAGCUCGCACCCGCCAACACCGCAGCUGUUUUUGCCACCCCGCAAGAACAACGCUACGAACAUCAGCUUGACGACCGCCACCGCCACCGCCGCCGCCGCCACCACCACCACCGCCACCCCCGCCGUCGCCAUUCCUCGCGUGGCCAGCCCGGUUUCGUGUAGCAACUCGUUUAGCUCCGAGGGGUCUGUGACCAGCUUGGACACGGCCGAUUUCAUCGCCUCCAAUUGCCACACCGUGGCCGCCACCACCAGCGGCAUCCCGGGGAUGGAUUUACUCCAGAGAAUGGAGCGAAGGCAGCACCACCAUCACCACCACCACCACCACCACUAUGGUCACCAUCAGCGCAGGGAGCUCCAGCAGCAGUAGAGCAGUCAUGGAGCAUGAGUGUGUGAAGAGGACUUCUCUUCUCCCAAAUUUUUUGGACUUUUUUUUUUUUUCUUCUUCUUUUUGGCAGUGAUCCCCAUCUGUCAGGUCCUUGAGCACUUAGCCUUCAGUCAGAGAACAGUCACACUUGCUUGUCAUGCAAGAAAGGAAAAAGCUUUCGCCCAGAGGGACACAGAGGGAAGAGUCCACCACCUUUUUUGGAGAGGAAAGCGGCAUUGCCCUCUAUCUAGAAAGAACUUUUUAGUAGUCCCAACUGCCACGUCAACGCCUUGUUGUCCACGUCAUUUCUAUUUUUAUUUAAUUCUGUCACGCUUAUUCUAGCUCGCAAGAUUUCUGGCCACAAGCUUGGAGGAUUCGUGGAAGAACUUGAUCCCUCCCCGACGUUUCUUCCCAUUUUCAUGGAGCUGGACGGAGAGAUUCGAGGUGGCGGGGUUGAUGGGAUGGUGGACGUGACAACCGAGCAAUCUAUAAGUCAAGAUUUUGCGGGAUUUUCUUUGACAUAUGGGAGGCGUGUAGCAACGUGGGGGCGAGGUUUGAUCGGUCACGGGGGCGAUGAUGCUGCUGCUACAAGUUUUUAGAGGUCACACGUUUGCAAAGUAUCUGCAUUUGUCACCCUGAUAAGAUUGUAAUAGAUCAAUCUGUUCUUCUUC